UUGUCUCCACUAAUGCACCACUAAUAUGGCCCUAGCACAGCAAAUAUGACGCCCCCUGUGUGUUCUGUGAACGGAAAAAUAUCAGCAAUUACACGCUAUCCACAACCUGCCAAUUACUACUGCAACUAUAAAAAUCUAACUGGCCUAGUCAUUGUGGCCAGAUUUUCAGAAGUGCUAGUUAAAGAUACAGAAGAGCUCAAGUGGUGAAGUACCGGGCAAGCAUGAUUAGAAGGGUGGCGGUUCUGGCGCUAUGUGGCCUGAUCGGCAGUCUGCAGGCCACUGUGGAAGUCAUGAAGGACGUCACUCUCGGGUUCGGAGAAGCUCUGCAGCACUGUAGAGAGGAAAGUCAGUUGUCCGAGGACAAGAUGGAGGAGUUCUUCCACUUCUGGCGCGACGACUUCAAGUUCGAGGACCGCGAGCUGGGCUGCGCCAUCAAGUGCAUGAGCGCGCACUUCAACCUGCUCACCGACUCGCACCGCAUGCACCACGAGAACACCGACAACUUCAUCAAGUCCUUCCCCAACGGCGAGGUGCUGUCGCAGCAGAUGGUGCAGCUGAUCCACGAGUGCGAGCAGCAGCACGACGCGGAGGAGGACCACUGCUGGCGCAUCCUGCGCGUGGCGGAGUGCUUCAAGCACGCGUGCCAGCGCCGCGGCAUCGCACCCACCAUGGAGAUGCUCAUGGCCGAGUUCAUCAUGGAGUCCGAGACGCGCUGAGCGCGGGAACAGCUUCCCGACCACGUCAUUUAUAUUAUAUGAUAUGGGAUAGCUUAACUACUCCAGUAUUAUGCUUAGUGGAAGACCUUAGGUCACAUUUAAUAUGUUUUUAAGUAUACCUAAUUUAGUUUUAGUUUGUUCUCGAUAUUGUCAUACUACUUAUGCGAUCAAAUAAACAAUUUAAGCAUU